UCAUCUUCCUCCUCGACGCGGAACAGCGAGGAGAUUCCAGUGGUCUCGCCCACCGAUUGCACAGCUGCUCCUCCUAUAUAUAUAUAAAUUCCUGCACAUCUCCAUGCAUCGACCCUUGUUACUGUGCCAUCAUAUUUGAUUGCUCGGUUCUCGAGUGAGUAAGUUUUCGAUCGCAUCAUGCCAAAAGAUCUCCCAAUUCUCGGCCGCUUAUGGUCCAAGCUCUCCCCCAAGUCCAAGAAGCAGGGUGACGUGGGCUUAGCAGCGGCGGACGACGAGCCGCCUCGCGUUAGUAGCAGUAGUACCAUGACGGCGACGGCCGACAUGGAGCGGGUGUUCCGCUACUUCGACGAGGACGGCGACGGCAAGAUCUCUCCCUCCGAGCUGCGGAGCUGCAUGCGGGCGGCGGGCGAGGAGCUGUCGGCGGAGGAGGCGGCGGCGGCGGUGGAGUCGAGCGACUCCGACGGCGACGGCAUGCUGGGGGUGGAGGAAUUCGUGCGGAUGGUGGAGGCGGAGGGGGAGGCGGAGCGGGGGAGGAAUCUCAGGGAAGCCUUCGAGAUGUACGCGGUACAGGGGAAGCAGCACGAGGAGGAGGAGGAGCGGCGUAUCACGGCGAGGAGCCUGCGGAGGAUGCUGAGGAGGCUGGGGGAGUUGAGGACGGUGGCGGAGUGCGGGGCGAUGAUCCGGGCGUUCGACCUCAACGGCGACGGCGAACUCAGCUUCGACGAGUUCAAGAUCAUGAUGCAUUGAGUGCGAGUCUGUCUGACCGGACGUCAAGCAUUCGCUUAUUGUUAACCGUUAAAAUGUAAUUUAAUAGCAUUAAAAAUAUAAUUUAUCGGCAUUUUUUGGAAAUCUCA